CUUCCCCGCCAAAUCAUGGCCUCCAUCUCCUCCGGCGCCGGCGCCGCCACGCUCCGCCGCGACUUCCUCGGCUCCGCCCUCGAGUCCCGCCCCAAGCAUGCCAUCCCUCUCGGCCGCUCCAUCAUCAGAGCCUCAAAAUCCAGCCCUAAACUCCCCAACCGACGUCUCCGCGUCGCCGUCAUCGGUGGAGGUCCGGCUGGUGGCGCCGCCGCCGAGACCUUAGCGAAGGGUGGCAUCGAGACUGUCCUGAUCGAGAGGAAGCUCGACAACUGCAAGCCGUGUGGUGGCGCGAUCCCUCUCUGCAUGGUCGGUGAGUUCGGUCUCCCUCUCGACAUCAUCGAUCGCAGGGUCACCAAGAUGAAGAUGAUAUCCCCCUCCAAUGUCGCCGUCGACAUUGGCCGGACUCUGAAGCCCAAUGAGUACAUUGGCAUGGUCCGCCGUGAGGUCCUCGACGCCUACCUCCGCGACCGUGCCACUGCAUCAGGGGCCGAGGUUAUCAACGGGCUCUUUCUCCAGCUCGACACGCCACAAAGGCCCAACGAGCAGUACAAGAUCCACUACACUCACUACGAUGGCAGCACGCUUGGUGGCCAGAGGAAGACGAUGGAGGUGGACGCUGUGAUAGGCGCCGAUGGGGCCAACUCUCGCGUUGCCAAAUCGAUUGGUGCUGGAGAUUAUGAAUACGCCAUUGCUUUCCAGGAAAGGGUGAAGAUUCCAGAUGAUAAAAUGGAAUACUAUCAAGAGAGGGCAGAGAUGUAUGUAGGAGACGAUGUAUCGCCGGAUUUCUAUGGAUGGGUAUUCCCUAAGUGUGAUCAUGUGGCUGUGGGCACAGGAACAGUGACACACAAGAGCCAGAUCAAGCAAUUCCAAGCCGCGACGAGGUUAAGAGCAAAGGAUAAGAUUGAAGGUGGGAAGAUAAUAAGGGUGGAGGCACAUCCAAUCCCUGAGCAUCCUCGACCCCGAAGGGUAUUAGAUAGAGUUGCACUUGUAGGGGAUGCAGCCGGGUAUGUAACAAAGUGCUCAGGUGAGGGGAUUUACUUCGCGGCAAAGAGCGGUCGCAUGUGCGCAGAGGCAAUAGUAGAAGGCUCUGAGAACGGCGCCCGCUUGAUUGACGAGAGUGACUUGAGGAAAUACUUGGCAAAAUUCGACAAGAUGUACUGGCCAACCUACAAGGUAUUAGACAUCUUACAGAAGGUGUUCUACCGGUCUAAUCCAGCAAGAGAGGCCUUUGUAGAGAUGUGCGCUGAUGAAUAUGUCCAGAAGAUGACCUUUGAUAGCUACUUAUACAAGACAGUGGUGCCUGGAAGUCCUCUGGAUGAUCUCAAGCUAGCAAUAAACACAAUCGGCAGCCUAGUCCGUGCAAACGCUCUCAAAAGAGAGAUGGCCAAGCUAACUUUGUGAUUUCACCCAAACUCUUCUUAUUCAUUUAUAAUAUAUUUGUACCAGUUAUUUUGUAUUAUCUAAAUAUAUAUGUUUUGGAGGGAA